GAAACAUAGCCCAAAUCUGAAUUGACCCAGCUGUAAUACAGGCUGUAGCGCCCUUGGUUUCAUCAUCUUCUUCGUUCUCCAUGGGCAUAAUAACUCCCUCUGUAUAACUUUCAUUCUCAGACCUCUUUUUUUUUUUCAGUCCACACCUUCCCUGGUUUGUACUUACAUCAAAUGUUUCUCUCUUGAAAGGAGAAACCAAUUCAAAUCCAACCCAAAACCCCGCGAAAAUUCACCCCCUUUAACUCUAAUCCAAUGGAUCCGUGCCCCUUUAUCCGGAUCCUCAUCGGUGACUUGUCGAUAAAGUUUCCGGUGGCUUUGAAGCCGUCCUUCUCCGGGGUCCAUCCCUCAACGUCGCCGUGCUUCUGUAAGCUCAAACUCAAGAACUUCCCCGUACAGUUCGUUACUAUCCCUUUAGUCCCACAAGCUAAUAGAACUAGUAGCUGUAGUAGUAGUAGUAGUGCUCCAACCCCAGAUACCAGUUCUCAAUCUUUAGCCGCUUCUUUCAAUUUGAACAAGGCCCACAUCGAGAGUUUUACAGGGAAGCCUCUUGUGUUGAAGAUUUCGGUAUAUACUGGUCGGAGAGGAAAUACCUGUGGGUUCAACGCUGCCAAGCUUGUUGGGAAAGUCUCUGUACCGUUGGAUCUAAAGAAGGCUGAAUCAAGACCUUUCUUUUUUCAGAAUGGUUGGGUGUCUAUGGGAGAUAACAACAAUACUAAGAAAGGGUCUUCGUCGCAGUUGCAUUUGUGUGUUCGUGCCGAACCCGACCCGAGAUUUGUUUUCCAGUUCGAUGGAGAGCCAGAGUGUAGUCCACAAGUUUUUCAGGUUCAAGGGAAUGUUAAACAACCCGUUUUCACUUGCAAAUUCGGGUUCAGAAGCUCUAGUGAUUUGAAAAACAGUUCAAUGUCUGAACCAAGCACUUCAAGGAGUUGGUUUCCAUCUCUGAAGACCCACAAUGACAACUACUCGAAGGAGCGUAAAGGAUGGUCCAUUACCAUCCACGACCUCUCCGGUUCGCCAGUGGCGGUCGCAUCAAUGGUCACACCUUUCGUGGCUUCUCCCGGUUCAGACCGGGUCAGUCGAUCCAAUCCCGGCGCAUGGUUGAUUCUCCGUCCCGGCGAGGGGACGUGGAAGCCAUGGGGCCGACUCGAGGCGUGGCGCGAACGCUGUGGCUCAGACUCGGUCGGGUACAAGUUCGAGCUCCUUAGCGAAACAUCUACACCCGCCGCUACGCUCGCCAGCUCCACCGUGAACGCUAACUCCGGAGGAAAGUUCACCAUCGACGUUACCUCGAGUAUCUCUCCGGCGAACAGCCCGAACAGCAGCUGCGAUUUCGGGUCUGAUUCCAGACCUGGGUCAAGAUCGGGCUCCGGAUCCGGAUCUGAUUUCGGGUUCGCUCUUCCUUGUCAAAUGUCGUACAGAGGGUUUGUGAUGUCGUCUACGGUAGAGGGUUUGGGUAAACGGAGCAGGCCAGAGGUGGAGGUGGGUGUGCAGCACGUGACGUGCACGGAGGACGCGGCGGCGUUCGUGGCGGUCGCUGCAGCCAUGGAUUUGAGCAUGGAUGCUUGCCGGUUGUUUUCGAAGAAACUCCCAAAGGAACUAACUCAACUAAGGCAGUAGCAAAGAGUGUCGUUUGAUAGUUUGGAUUGUCGUUUUUUAGAAUGAAAAUUUUUUUAGGCAUUUGGAAUUAUUUUCUUUUUUUUUUGGUGAUAUGACUGACAGCAAAUUUUUAGCUGUAUUAUUUUUAUUUUUUAAUUUUUCUAUUAAAGAGCGCAUUGUACAGUGAGGAAUCCGAAUUAGUAGGAAUUAAAUUUUUUUUUCUCCUACGAUUUUUUGUAUUUGUAUGUAAAUAUCAUUUUUAUAAUUGAAUUAUCAAUUUUUUUGGGUGAUAUUUAUUCUUUGCUGAGAUUUGUUGGGAAGCUAAAAGCUGAGAAUCCUAUGGUGUAAUUAUUCUGAAAUAAUCAAUGCAAUCGAUGACGUGUCACCACUUAUUUGUAGAA